AUGCUUGCAGACGUGACAGACACGUAUGGCCGUCCUCCAUCGGAGCGCGGCGCGCGAGGUUCCGGCAGCGCCAAGCACCAGAAGAAGAAGCGGAAGACAAAGCUGAAGCGCGUCGACGAGUCAGAGCAGGAUGGCUGGCUCGAUCGCGCGCGGCAGGGCCUGCACUGUUCACUCUUCUGCGGCGGCGCCAAGUGUCGCCAGGAGAGCUGGGAGGCCAUGAAGGAGAAGGAUCAGCGUGCCGCGGCCAUCGAGGGCCUGCAGUCAAACUGGGUCGGCAACGACGUCAUCGCGAGCCAGCGACCGUCGACGUCGCUUUUUCUCAAAUACCCCAUUAUCGCUCAGUUUCAUGCCAAAAACGUCACUGGCGUACUCAACCUACAAGAAAAGGGUGAGCAUGGCCACUGCGGACCGGACGGUAUCUACGAAAGUAGCGGCUACAGCUACAACGGCGCCGAAGAUCUGAUGCCGCACGGCAUCUCGUACUACGAGUUUCCGUGGCCGGACAUGACGGCCCCGCAGCAGGACAUCGUGUUGCGCAGUGUGCAGGUCAUGGACUACCACAUCAAACAGAAAGGUAAGGUCCUGGUACACUGCCACGCCGGGCUUGGCCGCACUGGGCUCAUGAUCGCGUGCUAUUACGUGUACAGCCAACACAUACCGUCCCACGAGGCGAUUGCGCUGGUACGGAAGAUGCGUCCUGGUGCUAUUCAGACGACUCGCCAGGCGCAGUUCAUUGCGGACUUUGAGAAGCAUCUGUGGCGACUCUCACAGGCGUUCCGGGUUGAAAUCUCCGAUGCCUUGAUUGACCUCAACCUCUUCAUUCAGCGACAGCGCCUCGUACUGCAUGGCGAGCAGGCAGACUUGUACAAAAGCGUACCACUCUUUCUCCACACCAUCUUGUGCCGCCUGCUCAACCUGACGAAGGACAACCCAGAGGCGGCGCGACUGGCAUUGCAGUCCCUUGGCCCAAGCGCCGCCCCAACAGACACGACGCUGUCAGCCUGCCGCAUCGCCAUCAACCGUCGCCGCUUCCGCGUGCAGAGCGUGCGUGAUGUCUCCAUUCUGGGCUUCUUGGUCUGUGACUGGUUCCGCAGCACGUCGUCGCCGGCGUUGACGGAGGAGAACUGCGACCAGAUCGUGGAGAGCAUGCGGGCGUCCAUCUCGAAGCAGGAGGGGCUGCCUUUGGAAAUUCGCCGUAUCCUGUCGAAGCCGGCGCGCCACACGCUGGGGAUGGUAGUCUCGGCGUUCUUUAUCAUCUCCAGGCAGGUGGGCUGCGUCAGCCUUACAAACUUUGCCUUCCGCUGCGUUGUCGACGCCUUCAACCACGCCUUCAACCCGAUCAAGGUUCGCCACAGCCCGCUCGAGCGAGAGCUUAUUCACAAGUUUUUCUUGGAGUGGGGUGCAAGCGUGGGGGACAUGUACUUUAACUACGACACCGUACCCGCCGCGCACCGCACCAUCAAGCGGAUUGCGCUGGCCUCCUCGAUUGUGCUGGAGGCGACGAAGAGCACCGAUCCGCCGCGGAGGAGCUCGCCUAGCCUCCGGACCCUCUCAGUGCCGUCGUCCACGCCGGAGAUGUCUAGCAACCCAGCCAAACAAACAGGGUCCCCUGGCUCUACGCUGGCCUUUUCUACUCAAAGUUGCGCUUUACACCUGUUUGACAUGCCCUUCGCCGCCGAAACGGACUCGGAAAGCAAAACACGCCUCUGGCGGCAGCACCUGAUCGAGUACCGCCGUGACACGGAUGGUUGGCGCGGCCGCGGCGAGCAACAGCGUCCGCUCACCCCUUCAACCGACGCCAAGGCAAAGCGCUGA